UUAUUUUAGUUUGUGGUAGAGGUUGGUGACUGCAUAAAUUAGUUGCUUUACUAACGCUCGCUAAUCUAGGCUACCCGGCUAGCUAAAAUAUUCGACUAGCGAGCUAACUCGGUGUGUGGUAGAGGUUGGUGACUGGAUAAAUCAGUUGCUUUGCUAACUCUCGCUAAUCUAGGUUACCCGGCUGGCUAAAAUAUCCGACUAGCGAGCUAAUUCGGUGUGUUGGAGAGGUUGGGGACUGGAUAAAUUGCUUACUUUGCUAACGCUCGCUAAUCUAGGUUACCCGGCUAGCUAAAAUAUUCGACUAGCGAGCUAAUUCGGUGUGUGGUAGAGGUUGGUGACUGGAUAAAUCAGUUGCUUUGCUAACUCUCGCUAAUCUAGGUUACCCGGCUGGCUAAAAUAUCCGACUAGCGAGCUAAUUCGGUGUGUGAAAGAGGUUGGGGACUGGAUAAAUCAGUUGCUUUGCUAACUCUCGCUAAUCUAGGUUACCCGGCUGGCUAAAAUAUCCGACUAGCGAGCUAAUUCGGUGUGUGAAAGAGGUUGGGGACUGGAUAAAUUAGUUGCUUUGCUAACGCUCGCUAAUCUAGGUUACCUAGCUAGCUAAAAUAUUCGACUAGCAAGCUAACUCGGUGUGUGAAAGAGGUUGGGGACUGGUUAAAUUGCUUACUGUGCUAACGCUCGCUAAUCUAGGCUACCCGGCUAGCUAAAAUCUUUGACUAGCGAGCUAACUCGGUGUGUGAAAGAGGUUGGGGACUGGAUAAAUUAGUUGCUUUGCUAACGCUCGCUAAUCUAGGUUACCUAGCUAGCUAAAAAAUAUUCGACUAGCAAGCUAACUUGGUGUGUGGUAGAGGUUGGGGACUGGAUAAAUUGGUUACUUUUCUAACGCUCGCUAAUCUAGGUUACCUAGCUAGCUAAUAUCUUCGACUAGCGAGCUAAUUCGGUGUGUGGGAGAGGUUGGGGACUGGUUAAAUUGCUUACUUUGCUAACGCUAGGUUACCCAGCUAACUAAAACGCUCAACUAGCACGCCAAUUCGGUGUGUGGAAGAGGUUGGGGACUGGAUAAAUGGUUACUUUUUUAACACUAGGUUAACCUAGGUUACCUAGUUAGCUAAAACAUUCGGCUGGCUUGCAUUUUGUAUAUAUCAUCUUAAUGCGACCUGGCCCGCCGGCGGGCCAGAAAAAUAUCAUAAUUAAUAUCUGGCUGUGUUUAUGAAUGAUUAUAGGCUCAAUAUAGACACCCAAUAUGCCAUUUUAAAUCUUAGAAUCUAUGCUUUUUAGUCUAGCCUAUUUAGCCUAUACAGUUAUCCCGCUUUUCCUUUCAGAAAAUAAACAUUUUAGGGCGAAAUAUUGAUUGUUUAUAAAAAUGACAUAAUAAAUAAUAUAAUAUAAUAAUAAUAUAAUUUCCAUAUUUGAGUUUUUCGUACGUCCACAUGUGAACCAAUACGUACAUGUUAUACAUGAUUAAAACCAUCUGACUCUCAGGAUUACGGGACUGCAACUGUAGGAUGUACAGUUCCUGAAUUACAGCCGAAAGACAGCCGUAACACUAUUUUACCCUAGUUUUUUUCAGGUCUCUUAACACCCGGGGUUACUUCAGGACACGAGCACAAACAAACAGAGCUCCACCAGCCCCUACCUCAGACUCAUGGAUUCAAAAUGCGCUCCUUGCACUCAGGGCUCUGACGCAUUUCCGCUUUUAAAUAAUACGGCUCGGACGCUUCCGGUUGUAUUGUUUACAUUCGCCGGCAUACACAAAACCUCCUACUAUUGCUAGUCUGAGUUCAAAAUGAGUGUCCGUCGUAAAGUUUUCAAGUCGGAACAUUUUCAGAAACAGCAAAAACAAUAUACAGAGCACUGUUGUGUUCCUUUUUGCACCGCGUCUGCUAAAUUUAAUGGAACCAUAAGCUUUCAUAGCUUCCCGGCUCAAAAUGAUCUAAGGACACAGUGGCUGAUAAACAUCCGCAGGGACCACUUUACCAUUUCAGCGCAUACAAAGGUCUGCAGCAGACACUUCAUACCAGACCACCUGGUAGACCCAAAAACGGCAGAAGGUCGGAGAAGAUUGGCAAAGGAUGCAGUGCCACUGCUUUUUCAAUGGAACGACUACAGCACACAGGCUCCAAGGCUAAGUGUAUGGGAGAGAAGAGAAAGGCCAGCUGAACCUACCUGCCUUGAUGAUCCACCAGCUGAUCUUACAAUGGAUCACGAUUAUUGUUCUGCUCCUGAGCCAUCAUCGCUAGACAUGUCUUGUGCUGAAAACGAAGAUCUGUCCCGUGAAGUGGAGGAGCUGAGAAAUCAGCUACAAGAACUACGAGUCCAGACAACUUUUGGGCUGCAACGUUUCGCCGGCUCCGACGAGGACAUCCGAUUUUACACCAGAUUCCCAAGCUAUGACCACCUGAUGUCGUUUUGGUGGCUUAUUGAGCCAUCCGUCCACAAAAUGGUUCGGGUCUCGAGAGCCAAAGCUGCAGCUAAGAAGAACGAAGACGUGACCCAUUCACGACAGUCAGGGGUACGGUACUUUUUUUUAGUAACAUAGAAACUAAUGAAGGAUUGAAGGAACUGAUGAUACCUGAUUUACAUAUUAUGAUGUUACUGUAAUAUUUGGAAUAAAUUACCUGAUGUUAUAAAUUUUGUCUUAUGUACAGUCUUACUUAAUAGUUGUAGUAGUUGUGGUGUAUGACA